CCUAAUAUUUUUUAAAAAAUAAAAAUAAACGCCCAUAAUAAGCAGGGAGUUAGGAAUGGCGGGAAUUUGUGGUCCAAAUCCGAUUCUACAUCUCCACCGCACCACCACUCAAUCACCGUUAAAUUUACACAGAGUCCACGGCGGAGCACGGUGGUGUUGCUGCUCAGUUUCACCGGAAAAUGAAAAUAAAACUAGAACGCCGCCGCUUUUAAGACUGGCAGUGAGUGGUGUUACUGAGUUGCUUAGGCUCUUUUCUUCUUCUGCCCAAGGCAACAGAGCUGAUUACCAAUUGAAGACUGAGGAUAGAGAUGAAAAUUCAGCCUCCGAUAUUGAUGAUGUUUUAAGAAUCCUUAAAGCUGAUUAUGAGAAUGCUUACUUUGUUACAGGUAAGGAGCUGUAUUCUCGCAAUUUGAAAUUGCUUGUUCCUUUCUUUGACAGCCCUUCAAUUAGAUUACAAAAGAUUGAGAAGGGUGCCAACAUGGAAACAGAUUUUGUAGCGGCAACUUGGAGAUUAAGAACCUACCUGAAGCUUCCAUGGAGGCCUCUUAUUUCAGUUAAUGGAAGCACCAUCUAUGAAUUGGAUGAGAAGCUUAAAAUUGUACGGCAUGCUGAGAGUUGGGAUGUGACAGCACUGGAAGCAAUUGGUCAGAUAUUCACCCCUAGUAUUGGAAGGCCAAAUGAGUAAGCAUUACAUAUGCUAUUUGACUAUAUUUUAAAUUACAGUUGAACAUCUUUUUGAUUACAUCUAUUAAAGUUGUUUGAUCCGCAAGUUAGGUUA